AUGAUUGAGAGCAAACACGCAGCUGAAUACAAGUGUCGAGCUCGAAAUACUGUAGGAUGGUCUGAACCAGCAAGUUCGAUUCUGGAAGUCGUGUAUAUACCAUCUGCAAAAGUGGUUGAAGAGGUGGUUAACGUACGCUUAGGUGAUGAAAACGUCACACUUAAAUGUGUUGCUGAACAUAUAGAGCCAACAUGGAAGGUGAAUUACACAUGGACUAAAGAAAAGGCUGUGCUAGGUGACUCUUCGGUUUAUGUCAUUCCUUUGAUACGGCGAUCUAGUGCCGGGGUAUACAAGUGCAUUGUGACAAACAGUUUUGGAAGCUCUGUCCCUGCUUUGGUUAAACUUAACACAUUAGAUUCUUAUGUGGACAUAGAAGGAUUCUAUAGAAGUGGCGAUGAGGAACAAAAGAUUUACGUUAAAUGCAGUAUAACGAACCAAGCCAAGUUCAGAGCUGUUACUUCCUUAAAAAUAAUACAACGUUCAACACACACAAAUAUUCUUGUGACAAUCAACCAAGCAGGAAAUAUAUGGACAAAUCGACAAAACGUUUAUGUUGCAGGAAAUAUUUCAAAUCCUGAAAUUGCAUUUUUGGAAUUAUUAAUUACGAAAAAUAACAUUAUAUGUCCAGGAGAUUUUACAGAAUAUUUCUGUAGAUGUGUUGGUGUUGACAAGUCUUCUUCUCCAAUCAUCGACGAAAGUAAAAUACUGCCGAUUGAGUUUGAUGAAUCACCUAAAUAUAUGAGUGAUAUUCAAAUGAACAUCAAGAGCCAAAGAAUCAUCAACCAAACCUUGGAUUUCGGCACAACUAUUGAACUCGUGUGUGAAGGGGACAUCACGAUGUGGGAUUCUAAGCUGCAGAACAUUCGCUGGUGCCUUAAAAUAGGAGGUUAUGGUACUUUUACUCCAUGGGUAGCACAUAUCAAAACCAUAAACAUUACAUCAAAGAGCUGUUACAAAAUGCAGAGAAGCAUCAUAACAUACACUGUUGAAAUAGUCAAUGGAACGACCGAAUUCAUUUGCGAGUCUGGAUACACGACCAUGUGUGGCACAGGAAGUGCAAUAGCUCAUAUGACCGUUUUAUCUGCAAAGUCAACGGAGCCAACAAAGCCACAGUUCCACGAAAGAGCUGCUCCAUUUCCAUUCUUCUACAUAUCAUUAUCAAUGUUAACAAGUUCAUUGGUGGUGGUAAUAGGCAUCAUGAUAGUGUGUGUAAUAAAAUGGAAGAUUUCAAGAGCUUCACUCAAAGGAAACAUAAGAUCUGAGUCAUACAAACAGAAAAGAGCCCAAACAAAUACUACACAGUUUGGAUCUGGUGAUGACUAUCUCCAACCAAUAUCAACGAGAAGAGAGAAUUUCCAUGAAUAUGAAAUGAUUGUGGGAUACACUGAUGCCACAUCAGACAACAAAAAGAAAACAUCCAGAUGUCAGAUUCUUUAACAGAAAGUCUUGUUCCUUUACAUC